AUGGGCUCAGUAGGCGAGUCCACUGGUCACCAUGCUCUCAUUUUUGGUGCCUCUGGUAUCACAGGCUGGGCCAUUGUUAACACGAUUCUGAACGGCUACCCUGACUCUUCAACCUUCUCCAAAGUCACUGCGCUCACAAACAGACCUUUCACCCAAGAAAUUGCGCAAUGGCCAAAGUCAGAAAAGCUGAACAUUGUUCCUGGUAUCGAUCUACUGAAGGGCUCCCAAUCUGAGCUCGAAGCGACCAUAAAGAUACGAGUCUCCGACGUUGACUCAGUGUCCCACGUUUACUUUUUCGCGUACAUUAUGGAUGCCGACCCAGCCAAGGAGAUUCAAAUUAAUGUCGAUCUCCUCCAGCGCGCGGUGUCUAGCAUCGACAACCUCUCGAAGUCUCUGCAAUUUGUUGUCCUCCCUACCGGCACAAAGGCAUACGGAGUUCACCUCCUUCGCGACGGCUUCCCACACGCCAACAACCUCCCCCUGAAAGAAUCCCACCCCCGCAUCCCAGAGCCAUAUGCCAGUGAGAUGUUCUACUACAACCAACUCGACCUCCUCAAGUCAAUGUCAUCAUCCCGCCCGUGGACGUAUUGCGAUGUCAUUCCCGACGUCAUCAUUGGUUUUGUUCCCCAUAACAACAUUUACUGCCUACCUCAGGCUCUCGCCCUCUACCUCUCCUUGUACCGCCACAUCAACGGCGAGGGAGCGGAAGUUGUCUUCCCAGGGACGACCAACAGCUGGGGGAACAAAACCAAUGACUCCAGCCAGGAUAUCAUUGCGAAAUUUGCCAUCCACGCAAGUUUACAUCCGGAUGUCAGCAUGGAGCAGAGCUUCAACGUCGCCGACAACCGCAGCCCAUCAACCUGGUCCAAGAAAUGGCCCAUCAUAUGCGCCUACUUCGGGCUCAAGGGUGUGGCACCAACUAACGGCUCCGGCCCAGAUCCCACAGGGUACGUGUCCGAGAACCGUGAGAAGUGGCUGGAGCUGGAGAAGAAGCACGGUCUCCAGACCGGGAGGAUUGGCAACGAGCGAAGUUACGGCGGAUUUCCAUAUUUUAUCAUGACGAUGCUAGAUUUUGAUCGGCAGCUGGACCUGACGAAGAUGCAUGAUGCUUGGGGGAAGGAAGGUGGGAAGGUAGAGGAGACGGAUACGAAGGGCGCGUGGUAUGCUGUUUUUGAUAGGUUUAGGAAAGCGAAGAUCAUUCCAUAG